AUGAAGAAAAAGGACCUGGAAGAAUAUCAGGUGCUGACAUUUCUGACCAAGGGGGAGAUCCUACGAAUCUAUGAUGCUUUCCGCAGUGACUGCCCUCAAGGAAAGGAUUAUAGAAAGGAGAAACUCACCUCAGAUCAAGUCUCCACCUGGCCCCAGCUGAAGGUGAACCCCUUCCGGGACCGGAUCUGCAAGGUCUUCUCCACCGACGGCUACUUCUUUGAGGACAUCCUUGGGAUGGCAUCCGUCUUCAGCGACCGGGCGUGCCAGAGCAUUAAGAUGGAGUAUGCUUUUCUGAUAUGGUAGGAUUUCAAUGACGACGGCUUUGUUGACGAGGAAGACCUCCAGAAUGUCAUCCGCAGAUUGAUCAACAGGAACAACCUCAGCGAGGAAGAGAUCGCGUCUCUGGCCAACCACGUCCUGGAGGAGGCAGACUUGGAUAAUGACAAGAUGCUGUCCCUGGUGGAGUUCGAACAUGCCAUGACCAAGUCUCCAGACUUCCUACAGUAAGAGCCCUGUCAAAAACUCACCUGAGCCA